AUGGCAACUACACCUGUGUGUGCAACUUUAUGUGAAGUAGCGUAUGAUUCUGAUCACAGGCUUACACCAUAUCGAUACCAAUUUUGGAAUUCGCCACCGAAAACCAGCGUUCAUUUCAGCGGUAAAGACGUGGAUCAAACAGAAAGCACUUCUGCACAUUCUGGUUUUGAGUCGCCGGAUUGGGCGAAUACAUUCAGUUUACCAUCAUCAUCUUGUACAGGCUCAUAUCUGGAUUAUCUUCGUACACUAUAUGAAUGUAAAAGUUCUUGUUCUUCAAAAUCAUCAAAAACACAUAGAGGUAAUUUCAGGACUGGCCAUCAUUCAGCUAGAUCCUCGUACAUCCCUACACAAGUGUCCCCAAGAGUCACUCCUGCAGCCUAUGGAUAUGCUGAUAAUCGCCCAAAAACUGCCUCCAUACCUCCAACCCAGCCCCUUGUACCCCAGCAACAGUACUCCCUCCCAGCCCUUCAUCAUGGCAGAGCCUGGGGGCUUGGGGAGGAAGAGGGACGUGAGGACGGGGAAGGUGACAACAAACCAGAUGAUCGUCUUGUGUGGGUUGAUGCCCUUGGUAAAUGGAUUCCAGAAAAUCAGCUUCAGAAGCCUUCAUACGUGAGUUUCAUAGGAACUGCACCAGUCGUAGAAAAAUUAUACGCGACAUUGAAAGAGACUCCAGUUCUUCAUCAGCAAGAUUGUGCUGUUUGUGACCACAAAUGUACUCGCUAUGAGAUCCACAUGGAGCAGCACAAAAACAGCGUCAAAUGUGGACUUUGUGGACUGUAUCAUCAAGCUGUGCUCCCUCCUAACCAUCUCCACACUCACAGACUAGUGACGCUGAAGAAGCGAGAGGCUCUCCGGAAACGUGCAAAUGAGGCUGCAGCAGAACGGAAGCAGCGCAAAGCUUACUCUUCACCUCUAUACUCAUCUCUCAAGGACAAACGACAAAAGGUUCGAUUCCAGACCCCAGAAUCUGAAAGUAGAUCAGGAGUCAGUGCAUCACAGAAUGACGUGGAUCUGGACCUGCACGUUAUGCUGCCAAAGGACACACUGCUGCCUGAUGGACAGACUGAGGAAGGGACAGAUGGACAGACAGAGGAUGACACAGAGAUCACGGGGGAUAGUACAGAGGAUAACCUGGAUACAUCAGAGGCAGAUAUCGCAGUAAAAAGUACAGACUCCAGCGAGCAACAAACAGACCCAGUUUGUAAGUGGUCACUGAGGGAGGGGGAAUAUGUCAUUGUCUCCAAGAGUGAAAUUGACAUUGCAACAGACGCUAUGGAAGCUGCUGAUGCAGAACACAGAGAACAACUACGAAUGUUUGAAGAAAUGCGUAAAAAACGGGAGGAAGAGAAGGCAGCUGCACUGGCUGCAGUGCUAGCCAAGGAAGAGGCAGACAGACUGGCAGAGGAGGAACUCAUAAAUGCAGAGAUUGCUGGUGAGGAUUUGACCAUGUUUAGAGAAGACUGGACCUCUGACUCAGUUUCCACUGGUCAGUCUCAUGGUCAGAAUGUUAGGCUAUCCAGACCUAAGGUUUCAGUUCGCCUCCCAUCACUAUCACACAAGAACAAAAAAAGUUCUGCCUCCGUCUCCAGCAGCAACAGCAGCGGUCAACUAAAGACGUCAUCCUCAAAAGUGAAGGCUAGUAAGUCGACUAGUCGGACAUCAACAUCACGCAGCAGACUGGACAAGAAGUCCAGCAGCAAACUUAACAACAAACUCAGUCAAGAGCCCAGUCUCCCUGAAAUAAGUGAUGUCAUGAAACACACGCAGUCUGCCUCCUCUAGUCUACCCAUUGUCAAACCACCACCAAUUCUUGCCAAACUCCCGGAGGAAGAAGUGUCAGAUGUCAAAAUUCACAUGCCAGUUGAGUCCCACGAUAAAACUGCAAAGGUGACCUCUAAAGGGUCAAAAGCUGCUGAGGAGAAACCUGCUCAGCUUGGCUUUCCCCUUCCCCAUAUGGACAUGAGUCUGCCAAAGCCUCAGCCAGUGGCAUUUCUUCAGACUGGCCAUGAGAGGGGAGAGGACAACAGUAAAGUGUCUACACAAGUCAUCCCUACAGUAGGUGACACACGAACAGGACCAUUGUCUCUGACUGUAGAUGACCGACCUCCUUCACGAGGACGGUCACCAAGUGGAAGGCAGAAAUUUUCUAUUAUAAAGAAGGAGAGAGGAGAUCGGCGUCGGGUUGGGGGCAAGGUUGAUUCCCCGGUGGAGUCACCUACACAGGAACUACCAAGCAGAAGAACAGGCUCGUGGAUCUAUGGUCAGGAUGAUGACGAUGACUCAUUAGUUGUUGGAAACACUGAGAGGAAGUCUGAAGGAGAGGAAUUGCCUCCCUUGCCUACUGAUGUUCCUCCUCCACUACCUGAUCCUGAUAGAGUCAUCAAGUCAAGCCAGAAAACCUCAGAUAAACGACGGCAAACAUCAAUACAAACGCCAAUUGUUAAAAAACUUGAGAAAAAAUUAAAACGGCGACAGUUUUCUAAAGACACGUCCUAUGAAGAUGAACUAAGACAACAGGAGCUUGCAGAACAACGUCGCCAGAAACACAUGGAGAUGUUAGAGAAAGCUCGGGCCCGCAAACACCAGGGGGAUAUCAAUGGAGAUGGCGACAAUGAUGGGCCUAAUUUUGAUGACUAUGGUUUCCUGGCCAAAUACUGUAUUUUCAACAAAACCAGUGUUGAGAUGUUCAAACACACAUUUGACAAUGUAGAUGAUGAAGAUCGAGGCUGGCUAAGUGCAACAGAGGUUAUGGUAGCCCUGAGAGCUGUCAACAAUAAACUGUCCAGGGUAGAGGAAGAAUAUCUGUACAGGAUACUUGAGCUGACAGGGUACAGUAUCAAAAAUGGAGCAGACUUCAAACUCUUCUCAGUGGUAGCUGCUCUUUCACAGAAAAUUGCUGCUCUGGAUAACUGGAUGAGAAACAUGAUUGGUAAAAUGGAUUUUAGUAUGUUGGAGAUGAAGUUAUUUAUGUGUAAGAAACUAUGGGAAUGCAAUGUUGACCCGGAGACCAACAAGAUUUCUAUAGACCAGCUUUGUGUUUGUUCAAAUGCUUGACCCACUUUAAAGGUCACAGGGGUCAAAUAUUUUAUUCAAAUGAAUGACCUCAACCCACUGUCCCAUAUGGAUGCCCUUGACCUGCUUGACUUUCUCACUUACAUCCCUCUCUUCAUCAUGAUACACCAGUCUGUAGUGGACAACCCUCUGGAUGAUACUCGUGACAAGUAA